AUGCAUACCGAUGGAGUCUGGGACCUAAGAUGGCAGACGGCGAAACCCAACUAAUAUAUUUUAAUAGUAAAAAUUGUAUUUAUAAGCUUACCGUUUAUACGUGAAUGGAAAAUACGCUUUAGGAGUAACUUGUAGUUGUACACAAAGAAUAGUACUUUCAAGCAACUUGUGAGUCCAGACCUACACAGCACAACUACACUACACUGUGGUCUGAUAAACUAUUUUCAUGCAAAUGCCAGCCACUCGGUAUCUGUCAUCAGAACGACAGUUCAGCUAUACGUCAGAAGACUUUUGGUGGCCUAGUAUUCAAAAUUCUGAUGGACCAAACAAGGAUGAACUAAGCAAGUUUGAUAACGAACUCAAAGAAACAUGGGAUGCUGCCGCAGAUGCAGGUUAUUUCACUUAUAGACUUGACAGUGUAGAAGGAAGGAUUGCACCUGGAAAAUACUCUCUGUAUAUUCAGUUAAAUGAGCUGCGAUUCACCAAACGGAGAAAGCCAGAUCCAAUGAAUAGGGUAUCAGAACCGUUCAACCCAGCAAAAUUUAAUUUCACUAAAGUACACAGCAAAGAGGUUCUAUUUGAACUCAGUCCAAAGCACAGGACUGAGGCAGACACUGAUCACCAUCUCAUGAUAAUAAAUGUCAGUCCUCUGGAAUAUGGACACUCGCUUUUGGUUCCAAGUAUAAAUUCAUGUCUUCCUCAGAUACUAACCGAGGAAGCACUGUUACUGAGCCUGGAGACAGCUAUGUUAACUAACCACAGGGGAUUCCGUCUGGGUUUCAACAGCCUGUGUGCUUAUUCCUCGGUGAAUCAUUUACAUUUUCACACUUGGUAUAGUGAGAACCCAUCCUACCUUGAAGCAGUGGACGUAAUUCCUGUUUGCGAGGACGUAUUUGAAGUUAGAGACUAUGCCACAACUAUGUUUGUCUUUGAACUGGGACCACAAACCAAUGCUUGUUUACUAGCGAGGAAAAUUCAUCAAGUGUCGUCAUAUUUUGUAUCAAACGAGGUAGCUCACACUUAUCUCAUUCUACGGGGAAACAAAUGUAGCGCGACGAGUCAAAAUGGCGACGCUGUUAACCAGGAGAGUGACCAUUCCGUUAUUAGAGUCUUUCUCUGGCCAAGAAAUCCUGUGUGUGGUUCUCAAGUUAAGAGUUCUUAUGAAUCUGAUGAGCGGCCCAUGGCUGUUUGUGAGUUAUCCGGCUUCGUCGCUGUGGAAACGAGAGAAACUUUCAAUUCAUUUACCGAAGAACAAUUCUGCGAACAUAUGAGAAGAGCUACGUUAUCAGAGGAAGAGUUCACCAGACACAGACAGGCCAUACAAGAAUUACUGAACAAGUAGAAAUGUCCCGUACAUCAAGUUUAAUAUUUCACUACCAUUUUGAAGCAGACCUCAAAAAUAAAACCAAAAAAAGAAAACAAAAAAAUAACAGGCAAACAAACAAAAAGCAAAAAUUACAAGAGAAAAAAAAAGAAAGAAAUUGUGAAACACAUAAGGAGGGGAAACUUCAAUGCAAUAACAAGUCCCUUGGCUCGGAAGAUAAGUCAUGGGUUAACAAUUACAUCUAGCUCUUGAAUUUUUAACUGUUAUAUAUCCCUCUUAACUGUAGAGCUAGCUUGGAUUGUAUUUUAGAUUCUUAGAGCUGAUUUUUAUUUGAUGACCAUAGAAUGUUUAGGGCGUUCAUUUGAUAACCAGUUAACAGACAGUAGUCUUAUAUGCAAUGCAAAAAACAAUUGACCGCAAAAUCUCAACCAUUUCUGAAAUUUCUUACGAUAAGAAACCUUGCCGAUUACAAGCCCCAUCGAAAAAAACCUAAUAAUUUUUUUAAAAAAAAAUUUUCCAAGGGUCCAUCAUUUAUAGAAUAACCAUAUUAAUGAUAGUCUUAAAAUGACGUUAAUGCAAUAAAAGGCAAUUGCGGCUAAUUGCAAUUUUCUUA